AUGAGGGCGGCGAUCGUCGCGCUGGCCGCGCUGGCGCGCAGCGCCGGCGGCGAAGCGCCGACGCCGGCGCCGACGCCGGCGCCGCCGACGGCGCCGCCGACGGCGCCGGCGCCGACGACGUUUUACCGACCGAGCGCAUCGCCGACGGAGGAGUUCUGCGCGCCGCGGCGCAUCCGAGAUCGGCUCGAGACGUGCGACGACGCCGCGCGGUACGGCGCCGACUGCCACGCGCUCGAGGUGCACCUCGGCGUCAACUGCGGCGACUGCGCCUGCGUCGCGGACACGACGGGCCUCGGCACGGGCUGGACCUUCGGGGCCUACGUCGACGACGCCUGCGAGGACCCGCUCCGCCACUGGGACGGCGACGUCGUCGUCGCCGAUCUGCCGAGCGGCGCGCGGACCUUCGCGAACGACGCCUGCGCGGCGGCGACGUGGUCCGGCACGGCCAUCUCCUUCCGCGGCCGCUGCGCGUCCGGCAGCGUCUACUUCAGGAUGUUCGAGGGCGAGGGCUGCAACGCGUCGCGGCCCUACGACGACAGGGACCGCGUCUGGCUCGCGGCGUCGCCGUUCCCGCUGUCGGACGGGAGCUUCUGCGCGCCCGUGGAGCACGUGGGCUCGGCCUGGGACAACCCCCGCGAGUACCUGCUAUUUUCCUGCUUCGACACGCCCGUUCCGACCGCCGCGCCGACGUUCGCGCCGACGCACUCGUUCCCGCCGACGGAGGCGCCGACGGUGUCGCCGACGGUCUCGCCCGCGCGCGACCGGCGCGCCGACGCCGGAUCCUACCCUGGCGCCCUCGCCGCUCCCGAGUAUGCUACCCACGCCAGAACCGUCGCCGCUGCCCAGCGAAACGCCGACGUCCGCGCCGACCAUCUCGCCGGUCCCGACGCGCUGCCCGAUUCCCGCGCCGACGUCCGUGCCCACCACCGGCGGUCCCACGGCGUGUCCCACUCGCGAGCCGACGUCCGAGCCGACGCGCACGCCGUCGAUAUCGCCGUAUCCGACGACCUACGCGCCAUCGCCGGCACCCUCGUACCCUCCGACGACGACGGCGCGGCCGACGGCCGCCCCGACGUCGCAUCCGACCCCUUCGCCGUCGAUGAGCCAGCGGCCCUCCUCGAGCAAACCGAGCUAUGA